GGGGGGCCCGCAGGCCGGGACGCCGGCGCGGAGAGGGCAGCCGGCCCACGCCUCCCCCGGGGCUCAGCUGCAGGCUCCCAGGCCUAGGUGCCCAUGACGCUGACCACCACCUGGACACCGCCUCUGCCGCGAGCUAGCGCCGAGGCCCCAAUGCCGGUCAUGCCCAUCCCGCGACGGGUGCGCUCCUUCCACGGCCCGCACACCACCUGCCUGCACGCGGCCUGCGGGCCCGCACGCACCUCCCGCCUGGCGCGCACCAAGUACAACAACUUUGACGUGUACGUGCGGGCACGCUGGCUGUACGGCUUCAUCCGCUUCCUGCUCUACUUCAGCUGCAGCCUCUUCACAGCCGCGCUGUGGGGCGCGCUGGCCGCCCUCUUCUGCCUGCAGUACCUGGGCGUGCGCGUCCUGCUGCGCUUCCAGCUCAAGCUGUCCGUGCUGCUGCUGCUGCUGGGCCGCCGACGCGUGGACUUCCGCCUGCUCAACGAGCUGCUAGUGUACGGCAUCCAUGUGACCAUGCUGCUGGUCGGGGGCCUGGGCUGGUGCUUCAUGGUCUUCGUGGACAUGUGAGCGCCCAGGUCCUAGUCCGGGCUUGGUUACUGUGACCAGUGGGGUCGAUGCCCGCCGCCUGGCCUCCUGGCGGGGUAGGUCAGGGCCCUGUCCUUCACGCUCCAUCCCUUAGCCUGGUCUCUGCUGGGGAGAGGAGCGGGCUGAGACUUCUGUGAAGGGGAUGCUACACCCUCCCACCGGCUGGUUUUCUCCUCUGACCUUCCUGUGUGUGCAUUCAGGUGCAGUGUCCCCUUGGCCACUUCCCUGUGGUUCCAGCUUGCUCUUUUCCAGGCUGUGCUGUGGGGUGAUGGUCGAACCAGUCUGUGCUUGGAGAGCCUCUGUGUCCCUGUCCAUUCUCCAGGACACCAGCAUCACCCGUGGUGUAGGGGGGCCUCGGGAGGGGUGCUGCUGGCUGUGCCCAGUCUUAGGGAAGCAUCGGGCUCUAUUUACCACACUGCCACAGAGCUGUGCACUCUGCCUUGGGCACCAGGGUCCGGGUACAGCCCACUCGCCCUCAUCCACCUGGCACCCUGGGAGGUUUUGGGGUCUUGAGUCCCAGGCCAGCCUUCAGGGUUACUUUGGUUUAGGUAGGAGCCGUCCAGCAGGGCUCAGGGGUCCGGCCCAGAGCAGAUCCAUCUUCCCCUGGGCAGGUCUGUGGGAAAUGUCAAGCCUCUUCAAGUGUAGAUUUCUGGGGAGGCAGCUCAAUUCCUUUCUGGUUUGGGGAGGGUGCUUUUGAUUUCUCUUCCUUUGAGAGGACACCCAGAAUUUGAGUGUGCACCACAAAACACAGGCAGACCCUGUGUUUAAAAAUACCUCUUCGAGCCGAGGGUGUGGCGCAGCGGGGGCUGCCCCGUGUUCCGGCCUCGGGGCUGCAGCCAGGGAGUGACAGGCAGAAGGGAUGUCGGCAGGGACUGCGGCCAGGAAAGAGCAAAGAGCAGUGGUCCUGGGGGGGGGGGGGGGGGCUUCUUGGUCACACAGAACACACCCCAGAGGCCCAGCUCUGGCCUGCAUCGGGACAGGGUGGCCAUAUGGUUUAGUGGCCACCGUGGCCUCCUUGGAAAGUGAGAGAAUGUUCUGAAUAAUGCUGGGACCACAGGCAGAGAUGGGACAGGACAGGGGGCCAAUGCUGCUUCACCCCAAGUUGCUCCCACGCACUCUGGUCACAGGCAGUGGCCCUUUUACUGCCUGGCCGGGUGGGCCAGCGGCCUGGGGAAGAGACUGUCGGGACAGUUAUGUGCCACUGAAGAAAACCCAAAUCAGGUAGAGAGCAAAAAGCACUUGGCUCUGCCCAUGCCCUGCAGUUUGUAGGUGCUGGAUGAUUGUGAACCUGAGGCAGUGGGAAGGCUCCUUGGAGGAAGGUGCAUGAGGAGCUGACCCUCGGGGACCCUACUUCUCAGCGCUGCAGAGAAUCUUUUGCACUAAAUCAUGCUGUUUCCUAAAAGCUUUGUUUUGUGUUAAUUAACUCGUAUUACUCAGAUCCUCUGAAGCCCCUGACAGGUGGGCGGGAGGGGUCUGGGCGUGUGCUGCCUCGGAUGUCCGUGUGGCGGUACUCGGAGUUGACAUGCUCGACAUGUAGCUGCUCGGGUCUCAGUGCCUGUGAAACUCUAUGACACGAGCCACCUGCAUUAAACUUAUUUUUUUAACGUGUUGAUGGUUUGAUUGCUUAAGGCUCUAAAACUGUAUUCCUUUUUUAAAGGAUAUUAACAACCAAAACCCUGUCACAUUGGGCACGUUUUAAAGCGAUGCCGGGAAAGGUGCGGUCAGGCCAGGGGUGGCACGGUGGCAGCCUGCCCGGGGGUUUGGAGGGAUGGCAGGGAGAAUUUGUCCGCUGCCCGAGGGGGCCUGACAGGGUUCACAAGGGCUGGAAUCAACCAACAGACGAGUGUGGGGGUUCCCUCACGGAGUGGGGAGUGGG